GGCAGUACUUUCGGCAGCUCGUGCGGCGUGUCUCUUUGGCCAGUCAAAUUGGCAGGGGCCGCAGCUGCUGAUGGGCUGUGCUGAUCUGUUUGGCAUUAAGCAAGGGUGGGGGAGUCGAGUCGAGGAGGGAUGAUGCCGGCUGGAGGACAAGACGAUGACGCCGACGACAUCGACGAUGGAUGAGGAUGAAGAUGGAAGUGGAAGGGCGAAGAAUGCGCGAGCGGAUUCGACACCGAGCACCCAGUACCUGCUUCAUGCUGUCUCUGAUUCCCAGCACAGGAGACCGCAGGAAGCUGCGAUGCAAUUGCAGCGACUGGGCAGAGAGGCUCUCAUGCACCAGACACGACUGCCUAGCGCGAGGUUUUGGCAGAUCCAAGCAGCUAAAAAAAGCCAAUCUACCUCACACAACCGCACCAAGUAGCUCCAAGGUCCGGCCGCUGCUCUGUAAUACCCUCAUCUCUCUCCCUGCUACUCCGAGCAUCGAUCGCGCAUCGCCUUUUCCGUCGGUACGAUCGCUACGAUCCAGCCAAGUUAUUCCCGCCUUCCAAGGCUUGGUCUUCCACGUCCGCGGCUGGGAGUGGGACGCCGAUCUCGAAAAUUUCAUGCCUGCCGAGUCGCACAAUCCGCACACAGGACGGAGAGGGACUGGGUUUGGGCUUGGCUUCACCAGAUGCGAAUUUUCGUGCUGUGCGCCCCCAGGUGGAUCUCAUGGGCCGCAUAGCAUCAUAGAGGAGGCCUCGCCUUUGAGCCAUUUUGUCCACCAGCUAGUCGAGGCUUGCCAAAACCUGUUAUCCUUGGCGCUGGAUGAAGUACUGUAGGCUUGCGUAGGUAGUUGAACCCUCCUCUUUGCUGAUUGAUUGU